AUGAGAUAUAAAUCGGUUUCAAAAGAAUGGGGAUUCACCAUUGUUGCAUACAGAUUUUACCAGACAAAGAAGAGGGAAAAGGAAAACGUAGGCAUGAAGUUGAAUAUCGCAGCAAUCUCUCUUCUGUUAUUGCUAGCAUCUGUCGCAGAAGUGUCUGGUGAUACAUAUUUUGAUGUUACCAAAUAUGGUGCCCAGGCUGAUGGAAAGACCGAUAUUAGCCAGGCCUUACUUACAGCUUGGGAAGCCGCCUGUGCCUCGCCUAUUGCAAGUAGAGUUGUGAUCCCAGCUGGGAUAUACGCCUUAGGCCAAGUAACCAUUGAAGGCCCUUGCAAGGCUCCUAUCAAUCUCAUUGUCAAAGGCACUGUGAGGGCCCCAGUGGAUACCAGCAGGUUCAAACCUCAAGCUGGUUGGGUUGCUUUCCAACACCUUGACCAGUUCACAUUGUCCGGCUAUGGGGUUUUUGAUGGCCAAGGCCAAUCUGUAUGGCGUCAAAAAUGUUCCAGAACCAAAUAUUGCCACCAGCUUCCCAUCAAUCUGAGGUUCAAUUUCCUAACCAACAGCAUCAUCAAGGACAUAACUUCAAAGGACAGCAAACAGUUCCAUAUAAAUGUAUUGCGGUGCAGGAACAUAACUUUCUUCCAAGUUGCAAUCACUGCACCAGAAGAUAGCCAAAACACAGAUGGAAUUCACAUUGGACGGUCGAGGGGGGUCAAUAUUACUCAUUCAACCAUACAAACGGGAGAUGACUGUGUCUCCAUUGGUGAUGGCAGUGAACAAAUUGACAUCACGAAAGUAAACUGUGGACCUGGCCAUGGCAUCAGUGUGGGAAGUCUAGGAUUGUACAAAAAUGAAGCACCUGUGAUUGGCAUUAGGGUCAAGAACUGCACCCUCUCCGACACCACGAAUGGUGUCAGGGUAAAAACAUGGCCUUCUUCCCCUCAAGGCACUGCAACUGAAAUGCAUUUUCAUGACAUUGUCAUGAAUAAUGUUUCCAAUCCUAUAAUCAUAGAUCAAGAGUACUGCCCUCAUAACCAAUGCAACUUACAGAUUCCAUCGCGCGUUAAGCUCAGCAAUAUUAGCUUCAAGAACAUCCGGGGCACAACCUCAACUGAGCUUGCUGUCAAUCUUGUUUGUAGCAAGGGAGCGCCAUGCCAAAAGGUGGAGCUUGGUAACAUCGACUUGAAAUACACAGGACCCGAAGGCACUGCCUCUUCCCAAUGUAAGAACGUUGAGGCAACUCUAUGGGGCACACAACAGCCAAAGACUUGUGCCCAAGCUGCUUAAAUCUUCCAUCAGAUUCUGAUCAAAUCCAAAUAAAGAUUGUAGUGCUUCUACUACAUAUAUGGCACCCUCUACAUGCCAAUUCGCAUGCUAGUCGAUUGGUGAAUAUAUAACCGAUUUUAAGAAUGUAACAGUACAACAGAAUCUACAUAAA